AUGUCAAGAUUGUGCAUCAAAUGUAAGAAACCAGGAGAAUAUUGCUCUUUGGAGACUACUAAAGUAUUGUUUUGUGGCGAUUGCUAUUUGGAGAGUAUCAAGCAAAAGUUCAGAUCGGCCGUGAGCAAGUCUAAACUUUUCAAGCGACAAGGAACAACGAACAUUCUUGUUGUAGGUUUUAACGAUGUCAGAACUUCGGCUUUGCUCAAACUGAUUGAUGAAUCUUAUGAUGAACGAAAAGCUGGCUUUCUUAGUCCAAAGGUAAGAUAAACGCUUUCAAACUUCAUCUUUUAGGUCUAUUAUGUUGACUUUUCGGGCAAUGAAGGCAGCCAAACGUUAGACAAGGUUGAUGGAGUAAAUAUUGUGAAGGUUUCUGCUGUCCUUAACGAGUUUUCAGGUGAUUCAAAUGUAAGUUUUGCAAGUCGUUUUAUGGAUUCUUUGUUUAGGCUGCAUCUUAUGCAAAUUUGAAAAGAUAUCUACCAGAUAAUGCUUCUUUGAAAGACGAGGUGGAUAGACUGAUGUUUGACUACUUUAUUUAUCAUUUGGCUGAGAAGUUGGGAGUUAAUAUUGUGUUCACAUCAGAGAAUGCUGAACUAAUAGCUCAGAAAACACUUAAUGUUACCUGUAUGGGCAGAGGUAGGACUUUUAUUUAUUUUGAGUUUUUUUGGCAGUUUCAAAUUAUUUUUAAAGCAUUUACAUUGUUUCAAUUUUAGCUGAAAUGAUUCCCUUUGUAACGGAUGUCUUGGACGAUCGUCAUUCGUCGAUUAGUAUAGUACGGCCGUUGAGGAACAUCACAAACACUGAGAUUGCGUUUCUAACUGGAAAACUACCUUCUACUGAUUAUGGAUCGUCAGUUUCAUCUAAGUUUCUCGAGAAUCUGGUUUCCCAAGGAUACCCUGGUACUGUAUCUACCGUACUCAGCGUUGCCAACAAGAUUCAAGUUAAAACCGAAGAAGAAGAAGAUAAAAGAAGCUCGGAAUGUUGGCUGUGUAAACAGAGAAGUAACAGUGAUCAGUGCCAAGGAUGCUCAAGUUUUAUAUCACAGAUACCUCAAAGAGACCUAUUUCUGAAAGCGUUUAAUCGCGGAAUAAAGCAAUAA